UGGUUAUUAGAUGUACUGUAUUGCUGACUGUCGGACGUGUUCUGAGAGAACGCGGUCAAAAGCGAGAAUAAUUUAAAAAGUGUACAAGUGCAUAAAACACAAAAAAUAAUAUUGUGAGCAACAAACAACAUUAAUACCUAUGAGAUAUAUAAAUUCUUGAAAAGCUUUAUUUAUUGUGUGAUUUACCACCAAUUGCUGCAUUGAUAAUUAUAUAUAAAUGAUAGAUAUUCGAUAUUUUUAAGGUGUUAUUUGGAUCUUAUACUUUUCCAGUGUAUAAAUAUUUCAAAUGAAAUAUUGAAAAACACAAUUGUUCAACUCCGUUCUGUGGAUUACGCGUUCAGUUAAAAAUUUUAUUUUUUUAAAAUACCAAUAAAUUUAUCCACAAUAUGGAAGUCAAAGCAGACAAAUUAUAUAUGCAAUUGAAUGCAGCGGAGCUUGAAGCCAUUAUCAAAAAAAAAGAUUCACCUAGCUCCAAUGAUCGUGAUGCGGGCUUCUGUUCUGCUAGUUCAGAAAGCGAAGGCGGUGACGAUUUGCCGCUAGAGCAUCCGUCGCAAUGUGACAGGGCCCAAGAAACUCCUGUUGUGAUGGUCCGCAAUAAACGGAAGAGUAUGGAGCCCUCGAAAGUUGUGGAGCCGACAUCGACCAUGAGAAAUUGUUGUUCAUCGCUAACCCAUGGCUCAACCGUAGCACCCUCGGGUCCACUGAAGAAACGAAUACGCUAUUCUUCUUCAGUUGAUUCGGCCGUAAUGCUGACGCCGCCAGCUCUUCAGUCACCAUCACACAUCAGCCACACACACGUGCCUCCGGCACAUGUAUGGGACUCUGCCUCCGUCCAGGUGCUGCCACGUGAAAUGUUACCUAAUCCUGCGCACAUUUUCAUGCGUCAUCCAGGUGUGACAACGCUACAUCGUGCAUUCGCAGCCUUCCCAACGCAGCCAGAACAAGAAGAACCGUUAGCGCUAAUAGCCAGGCAACCCCAAUCGGACGAAUCAAGUGAAAAGCAGGCGCAUCAGACCAACAAAGAAGCACCCCUUGCGUCCACCGAAUCCCUAGAGGAGCACACCAUCGAGGAGGAGUACUCAUUUAAGGAUCAUCACAAUAGUUCCCUAUCAAGGCCGCAGCAGCGGAACUAUAAAAAUAUGACUCGAGAGCGCAGAAUUGAGGCAAACGCCCGUGAACGCACCCGAGUUCAUACGAUCUCCGCUGCUUAUGAAACAUUACGCCGUGCCGUACCAGCAUAUGCGAGCUCCCAGAAGUUAUCGAAGCUAUCUGUAUUGCGUGUGGCCUGUUCCUACAUACUAACGCUAAGUCGUCUGGCUGACAAAGACUAUAGCUCAGACCAAUCAGAGCCAACUAUUGCUGAUUGUAUCGAGGCGAUAAAUUCCACUAUUCAAACGGAGGGAAAGGUAAAGCGGAAAAAGGAAGAAUAAAGUAGCAGAAUUACAAAUUUUGGAAAGACUUUGAUGUGACUUAUUAAUAACUUGAAAGUUUUAUAAGUGUCGUCCUAAUAGUUCCUGUGCUGGUAAUUGUUUCCAUUGGGAUACUGCACAAUUCAAGCAAAACUGAAGUCACAUUUAACCAAAUCAGCUUUAUAAAGUUUUUAAGCUUUUCGAUAAGUUGAAAUAAGCUAGAUUAGUAGAGGGAGGCGAGAAUUUAAUAUGCGUAUGUUUAUAUGCAUACAUAUGUACAUGCAUAUUUGAUCUGUACAUAAAACGAGAUACAAAAGAUAUUUGUAGAAUAUAAAACCAGCAAUGUGAUCUUAUUUUAGACCCGCUUGUAAUACAACAAUAUAUGUAUAUAAUAAUGAAGGCCAAAACAUGUUCCGUAGUACAAACAGUAAAAUAUUAAUUAAAAACUCUAAAAGACAAUAAAUGUAAUGUGAAUUGAAAUGAAAAGAAUUUCGGACAAUGAUUGCCAAUAAUUGUCAAAAAUAAAAAUCAAAAAGGUUCCAUUACAUUACGCAAGCAAAAAUUGGACUAUUUUGUAUUUGGUAUAUUAAAUAAGAAGUUGCAAAUGGAAAAAAAAAGUAGAAUUUUGAAUUGAUCUAUAUGUGAAUAAAAGUCUACGCAUAACCGAUAAUCUCAAUUUAUAAUAGUGGAGAAAAUCAAGAAUGUAUUGUGCCAUAAAAGCAGAAAGCUGAAAUACAAAAAUUGACUGUCAAAUUAAAUGAAA